UCAAACGCUUUCCCAUGAUACUGAACGGCUGCCGCAUAUUGAAACUUGGUCCCUUUUCUUUUCAUUGAUACUCCAGUGAAACUUGCAGCGCAAAACCCGGACCCGCUGACUUUUUAAUAACCGCCCACACGGCCGGACAGGGACCCAAAAAGAAGACUUUGUUCGGGGAAAGCCGGACAUAUGGGGGUGGAGGUUCGGUACGUGUGACUCAUAGCAGAUGGAUAUAAAGCGCAUGCAGUUAGUGCACAGAACCGUAUACAAGCGCCAAGCAGCAAUAGUAACAUAAUGGUCACGUUAAUAGUGGUGUUCUAUCUUCUGUCGUCGUUUCUGACAAGCGGCGUUAGUACCCAGGCUGCACACUUUUACAAGUGGAAGGAUGACGUGACGGGAGAGCCCGUUACGUGCGAGCGGUGUCCCCCUGGGAUGUACGUAGUGAAGCACUGCGGCCGCUCUACGAGAACUCAGUGCGCGGCGUGUCCCGAUAUGCACUACACGGAGUACUGGAACUACGUGGAGCGCUGUCUCUACUGCAGCGUCUUCUGUACGGCGGAGCAGUACGAGAAAGUUAAAUGUAGCCCAAAUCAAAACAGAGUGUGUGAAUGCAAAGAUGGAUUUCACUCGAAUAGUGGAUUUUGUGAGAGGCACCGUGUUUGUCCUGCUGGAGAAGGUGUAAUAGCAAAUGGCACUGUGCAAAUGGACGUGAAGUGUGCACCAUGCUCAGAGGGCACCUUCUCCUCAAAGCCCUCCAGCACAGAGAGCUGUCAGAUGCACUCUAAGUGCAAAUCAGGGGAGACAGCUAUUCCAGGAAACUCCAAGCAUGACACUUUCUGUACUACCUGUAAUAUUUCCAUGAAUGGCACUGUCCAAGACAGGGCAGUUUGCGACAAAGCUGUCAUUGACUACCUCAGCCUGCAGAGUCUCUCUGCAAAGAAGCUCCUUAAAUUGAAGAAGGAUGCUAGGAAAAUCUUGGAUGAAAGCACAAGCAACAUGUCUUUGACAGAGCUACUCGUCUUAAUUCAGAAAAAAUACCAUGACCAUAUAUUUGUAAAUAUCGUGCGGGAACUUCUGAAAAAAGCAAACCUUCACACUUUGGAACACAAAGUUAGGAGAUGGUUUUCAGAUGAGACUAACAGGGAAUGGCGUGAAUGGAUGCAUAGACUUUACAUUGACUAGACUUCUGUUUCCAGUCAGUGCUUCUCCAGAACAAAUUAAUUUCAAACAUUUAAUAAUAUUAUCACCCCAGUUAUGGGGUGAUAGUCAUUCCAUACCUCUGUGGUUGUGUAUUUGAAUAUGGUUCUACAAUUGUGUGUGUGGAGUUAGCAGAAUGGACAUGUUUACAUUGUGUGAAAUUGUCAGCAUAACUGCACAUUAAUUUUAAUUGAAGAGCAAAUUUCCAAAAGUCCCUUAGUUUUACUUGUUUAUGAGAUGAGACCAUCAAUGACCUGAAGUCAGGAUUUCUAAUAUGUUAUGGUUAAGUCCACAGAAGUUCUCAAACAGGUAUCCCAUAGACUGAGUGAGUUGUGGAAAUUUGCUUUUGAAUUAGAAUCUAUCAGUAGUGUCACUGUCAUUUAACCAGAUGUAAUAUUUUCUUGUGAGACAUUUCUUCCGAGCUUAAUUUAUUCAUCUUGUUAUAUUUUUAUCAAAAUAUUUUUAUAUAUUUGUACAAAAAUAUUGAACAUACCUUCUGAUACAUUGUCACAUGAAGACAAAGUUUGAUAAAAAUUCACCUCUG